AUGUUUUGUUUUGGUCCUCAUUUUGAUCCGCAUAGAUGCAAGGUUCAAUUAAAAUUGGCUGUUAGCAGAAUACAGAUACAAAAGACAAAGAAGGCAAAUCUUGUCAAAGAUGAAAAGAGACAUAUAGCAGAGUUGUUGAGAAACCGUAACGAGGAGAGUGCAAGAAUUCGUGUUGAAACUGUGAUUAGAGACGAGAACCUAAUCGAAUGUUUUAAUAUUAUAGAAGUACUCUGUGAAUUGGUCUUUACUAGAUUAGGUUUAAUCAGUGCAUCAAGUUCAAUUCCAGAUGAAAUUAAAGAAGCUAUUUAUACAUUGAUUUAUGCAAGUCAAAGAGUACAAAUCCCAGAGUUGGAGUUGAUCAAGAAACAAUUGUGCGCCAAGUAUGGCAAGGCAUUGGAAAACGAGGUCAACUGUCAGUGUCAGACUCACGUCAAUCCAAAGAUUGUGCAUAAACUGUCAUAUGUGACACCAGAGCCAUUCCUCAUAUUCAAGAAUCUCAAUGACAUUGCAUGUGAGUUUCAUGUAGAUUGGCAGGUUGAUCCGAUUGUAACGGCCGUUUCACCAACCUAUAUAGCUGCUCCUCCACAACAACUAGCAGUUGCUCCUCCACAACAAAUGAUGCUUAAUCCAAUGGCACCAAUGGCACCUCCACCACAAUCCACUUUAGCACCACCACCUUUUCCAACCUUGGUAGCUCCACAACACUAUCAACCACCUCCACCAGCAUAUACAGCCUCUCCACAGUUCCCUCAGGCUCCCCAACAACAACCAAUUAAUAGAACUUCAUCACAACCUCAAUUCCCUUCACCACCACAGUAUGGAUCAUCUCACCUUAGUAUUUCAGCCACAUCUUCAUCACCAAACUUUGUAUCGAAUCAAAGCAACAAUCAAAAUUUUAAUAUCAUGAAUCUUCCUUCUCCUCCAACUUCUUUUUCAUCUGCACCACCACCACAACCAUCCAAUAGUAAUAAUCAAUAUCCAGAUUUUGACGAUUUAACUGCAAGAUUUGAUGCAUUAAGAAGACAAAAUAAUGAUCAUUAUUAA